GGACAACCUUAUUUUAAGAAUCUUUCGUCCACGACCACGAAACUUGUGUCCAAAUAGUGUUUUUUAUAUCACUUUUGACGAAAGAUUAACGCAAUGGGAAAGCGCAGGCGAUUGAAGAAAACCCCGCUCACCGAUGGACAAUUUGUGUUCGCUAAAAUGCGAGGAUUUCGCGCUUGGCCAGGCCGCCUUGUAAAUCGUCUUGGCACCGAAUACAAUGUCUAUUUCUAUGGCACGUGGGAUCAUGCCAGGGUGUCGCAGAAGCACAUUUUUGACUUUGCAAAACAUUCGAAGCGGUACGGAAAAGUAAACGAUCGCAACUCCAAAGUGUGCCGAUCGUUCCGAGCAGCCAUGUUGGAAAUGCAGCUUGCCAUUGCCGAGCCCGAAUUGGAUAUCGGCUACUUCAAUAUGGUGGCUCAUCUAACGACCGGCGCUGGAUUACCACAAGACGAGUCCUAUUCGGAAUUGGAGAUGAAUACGGACUCGGACUCGGAGGAAGUGCCACCUAAGGGUAAACGUAUAGCCCCCAUGUAUCACAUAGUCGGCGACAGUGACUCUGACGUGGAGAACAACGCUCCGAACUAAAAUAUUAAGCUAAAAAUCCAAAUUUUUCAAUUAUCCCAUUUUUUUUAUUUUGUUUUCCACAUUAAAUCGAAAGUUUAUGUUUGUAUCCAAGAAGAAAGUGUAUGCUUGGACUCGGACGUGGAGAACAACUCUCCGAAUUAAAAUAUUAAGCUAAAAGUCCAAAUUUUUCAAUUUUCCCAUUUUUUUUAUUUUGUUUUCCACAUUAAAUCGAAACAGCUAAAGUUUAUGUUUGUAUCCAAGAAGAAAGUUUAUGCUUGUUGAUGCUUAUGCUUAAAAUAAAAACAAACUUAUGU